CUUCACUUGGUUCUCCCUCAUUCAUAAAACAAUUCCUAUGCCCAAUUUCCUUACUUAAACAAAUGCGCAAUCUCCCCGAAACACGCCGCACCUCCCAAGCCACUCCCCGACCCGAGAGCCACUAUGGUCACCCCUCGGCCGAAACCCGAUUCGAGCUACGCAUCGAACCGCUUGACAAGACAAAAUUACCACGGAAAACCUCUGCUGUCGACUUUUCGGGACAAAGAAGCUCCUGAGCCUGUUACUAAGCCUGAACCGGCCACGGAUGAUGAACCUGUGAGCUCCAGUGAAGAAGAAACGAGAAGCAAUGCCAGUCUGGAUGACGAGUUCGGGAAUGAGAGCACGCCCCGUCGCUCAGGGCCGACUUUGGAGGAGAAACUAGCGGAGACGUCGAGAGACAAUAGUACAUCGCUACAAACCCCGCGGACAAAGAGAGGAUUUGAGAGCCCGAGGCCUCAACGCUCGAGUCGUAAGAGGGCGUUAAAAGAUACUGUUACCGUCGAUGAGAAUGACAAUGGCGAUCCUUUUCUAGAGUGUGGGUGGUCUUCACAAACCCUGAAGAGGUCUAGGGCCGAUUAUGGAUCUAAGAAGAAGCGCAACUCCGAAGUCUAUUCCACGAAAUCGAGCACGCCUCUACAAACUGAUUCGCCUUCUUCUAGUCGACUGAAGCCGAAGUCGGCUGGCAAUUCGCCGAGUGCUGACAAAAAAACAAAGAACAUGAACACGGAAUCCCAGAAGGAUAAUGGAUUUAAGGUCCCUCAGGAUAUUGACAUCAAAAGCCCGCCGUCUAAAUCACGCUCAUCCCCCGAGUUCAAGGCUCCUCCCCCUCUUCCGAAUGAUAUUGUCUCUAGCUCCUCCUUUGCGCCCUCCUCCGCCAGAGAACCUGCUAUCUUCGAAUCGGAUGAUGACGAUGCUUCGCCCCUUAGCUCCCCGCUUAGCGAGCUAUCUGAGACCGGUUUACAAGACGUACUAUUUGAUGAUGCGGACGACGUGCAGAAGCCGAAGGAGUCUUUAUGUCCCUGGUGUAAAGAAGCUGUAGACCCAGAGCUCUUGUUACGGUUUCAGUCACAGCCUAAACAGCGCAUUCGAGAGCAGCAGCAGUUCUGCGAUUCGCAUAAGAAGACUGCGGCCGAGAAAGAGUGGCACGAUAAGGGCUAUCCAGCUAUUGAUUGGGAUACGUUCGACGACCGGAUCCGUGUCUAUUUUGAUGACUUAGAGGGCCUCUUGGUCCCAGAUAGCCAGUCCUACUACCGAAACAUCCUAGACUCGACUUUAAAAGCCGGAAAGGCCAAGAACUUCCGGCUGACACUGGAGGGCGAUGGUUUGGAGACGAUCUCUUGCGGUUAUUACGGGACUCGAGGCUCUGGUAAAAUGUUACAAGCUUUGACCAUACGUUUCUCGCAUAAGCUACGCCGCCUGGCGGCCAGCGACCACAUUGUGAAGUCGGCUGGCGUGGUGGGUUACGCACAAGCUGUGCUCGUGCCUGAACUAGCGGUCCGACUGGUCAAAGAAGACAUGGGGGUUAGCGACGAAGCCGCUCGGCAGAUCUUGCGCGAUAGCAUCGAUAUUGGUGAAAAGUUAAACUUCGCAUUGAACGACAAGGUUCCGAUUCCCGAAGAACUUGAGGGGCAUUCAGUUGAUGAGUAACUGUACCCUCAUGUUCUUCUUUCUUUGCUUGUUUGUUGAUUUUCCCUUCCUGUUCGCAUACUGCGUAUCUGGUCUUGAUUGUAUAUAAGAGAAGCGUGGCACGUGAUACCUCUUGUGUUUGUGAUUUCGACGAUGUUGAUGAUGGAAGAUUGCCUCAUAUACGCGACGGAUGGCGUGCGAUUCGUGGGUUUCAAUGUACGGACUUGAUUUUUUUCUUACCAGAGUAGCAUGCAACGAGCAAGGCGGCCGGGUUGUCAGUUGUAUAGGAGCUGUGGUAGGAUUGAGACAGUAUGGAGUAGGAACUUCUUCCCA